UUCAUAAACCUCUCCACAUUUUGCAACCGCGGCUGUUGAGGAGCGCGCAGGACGCGGAGGGAGUGCGCUCCUUCUGGAGUGAUUAUGUCAAAUCUGGCUUUGCUUCACGCCGCAUAACCCAGCUGAGCUCUCCCCACUUCCACAAACAGGGAUGUUGUCGCGCAGUCAGUUGCGAAGGUCGGUUCCAGCAGAACAGUGAGGACACCGCUCGUUUACCAUGAGCUGUUUGGAUGUUAUGUAUCCAGCCUAUGGACAUUACGCACCGUACGCACCGACUGCUCCCGCUUUUAUCAAUAGCUUACAGGCUCCUUCAGGUCUGAGCAGCUCUGCGCCCAACAGUCGGGAUUUUAUGGAACCUCCCAGCGUUCCCGAAGGGAUGUCUGGGGGCCCCGGCACUGGAGGAUCUACGUCCUCCUCAUCUUCGUCCAGUUCUUCUUCCUCCUCCUCUUACACACCUGCGGUACCGAGGCCGGCGGAGGGCCCCAAGGAGAAGCAGGAGGGCCCCGAGGCAGAGUACCUGACUUCUCGCUGUGUGCUCUUCACUUACUACCAUGGAGACAUCAGCAGCGUGGUGGACGAGCACUUCUCCAGGGCUCUCAGCUCCUACAUGGAUGGAGAGGGCAAACGGCGGGCGCCAGAGCAACAGGGCACAGAAACUUCUUCCUCUACCAGUCGGCGCAGCUUCCCCCCGUCUUUCUGGGAUAGUAACUACACGUCGCCUCAGAGUCGCCCCCACUGUGAGACCAGCGCCCCGGCUUAUUCCAUGGACCCGUACGCGUCGGCGCUGCAUCCAGGCCUGUCACACCCGCAUACUCAUCCUCACCCACACGCCCACACUCAUCCCCACCCCCACCCACCGGAGGGCUGGGGGUACCCUCAGGCCCAAGCCUACGGCCCCCCUCGACCGCUACAUGAACUGUACUCACCGUCGGCUCUGGAGCCUCACUAUGGGGGUCUGCUCGUGCCCACUGUGAGGCCGCCUCAUCUUCCCACCUUGCCAAGCCACUAUGAAGUGGGCAAGCUGGAGCCCACCGCCUCCUGGCCGAGCCUGCUGCCCCCUGGAGAUGUCGGCCAGACGCUGGCUCUCAACAUGGAUGCAGGCCUCCAGCAGCACAAGAAAGGCAAGGAGCUGUACUGGUUCUAACGAGCCCCUCAGUAACACUGACCUGCCAUUACCAGACCCAAUUAGUCCCUGGAUCUGCUCUGCUUUUCAAGCAUUGUGUCCUUUCACCCCCACCCCACACCCCACACAUUCACACACCACUUCCCCAUCCACCCACCCCCGUCUUUCUGCCUUUAGCCUCCCCUGCCAGUACACGGCCUUGCUCCAGGUCGACGUGUGUGCACCAUGGAGAUAAAGAAGCGAGGGAACGAGGGAGAGAGGCCCAGCAUCUGAACUGGCCGUGAUGUGCACCAUCGUUGCUCCCUCUCCUCCAUCUCUCCUCCACUCUGAAUCCAGUUGCUCUGGCAGGAUGCGGGCCACGGUGACCUGUUUGGAUUGGGAAGCAGGAUCACAGCAGACUUUUGCAGCUCGGGGAAGAAAAAAAGACAGAGGGGUACCGGGAUGAAUCACAGCGAGCAGGGAUUUCUUCCAACCUUCCUGGUUAUCUCAGUCUCAUGCUCUGUGUUGCUACGGUCACUGUCAUUAUCCACUUAUCUGCAUUUCACAAAUGCAAUGUGCAGCAAUAUCCAAGAGCAGAAUUCAUGGAGGUUAGUGCUUUGUGACAGUCAUCACAGGGCCUUUUUUAUUUUAAAAAGCCAUUUCUUUUAAAAUAAAGUGUUUUUAUUUAUCAGUGUUAAUGUCUAUUUUUAAUAUGAUUGCUUGGCCAGUGUUCUGAGAUUCUUGUGGUUCAGUUGAUGUUUUUAAAAGUGGACAGUUAUAGAUCAGCCAGUGCAAUGUGGUUUUGGUGUAGUUUCUCAAGGAUAUCGUUUCAAAUGCUGUCAGAUCAUAUUUAUCCACGAACACUCUCAGAGAAGGUAGGAUUUUUAAUAUGAAGAUGUUCCAUUUUAGUUCGAAAUUUCAGUUUUUUUCCCCCUUUUAUUGUGGUUUUGAAUUUGGACUUCUUGAAUAUGUUGGGGUUUUUCCAUGUGUGAAUUAUUUCUCAUUUUUGUGUCCAAGAAAAUUUUAUUGUCAAUAAAUAUUUUUAUGGUUAAUUACCACAUCUCCUGAAUGAUUACAGUCAUCAUGCUUAUGCAAAAGGCUUUAGUUGUCCCUCAUUUCCUAGUAUUUUCCUUCAAAACUCGCUCAUGUUUCACGAAAGUGUUUUUGCCAAUUGUUUCUUUGAGCACACACAAAUACUUUUUCCAGCUAAAGUUUUGUUCAAAUCACAUUCUUUCUGCAGGACAAACGUUUGAAGAAAUGGUCUUUGAUUAACUUCUGCCCAGUGUCACUUUUUACUUACUGCUUCAGGAAUGGACAAGUGGAGCUACAUUUAGUCAAUUUAUAGAUUAAAAUAAAGAGAUAUGACUUUAUUAUGAGUAGAAUCAACAAGUUACAAUAAGUUCUUUGGAAAUGUGUUUAUUGUGUGCACAUAAACAUUGUCCAUGUCUUGUGUUUGUAAGUAUUUUUGAUAAUUGAAUAAGGUGACAAGCUAUUGAUUAAGAUCGUUAGAAAAUAUUUAAUUUAGCGUAAUCAACUUAUGCUAAACUGAAGAUGUCAGAUCAGCUUCUCAAAUUCAGGGAAAGCCCAGAUGUUUGUCCCUGAGACGGUGGCAGAGCCAGAUGUGAUCGAGGUUUUGCUUCCAGAUUCAUCUCAUUUAAAAGGCCUUCCAUUUGAAUUCCUGCUCACAUUCACACUUUGUCACCUAUAAAGUGGGAACGAGUGUUGAAUGCCAGCAAUGUGCAAUGUGAGAAGAAGCCAGCUAUCCGAGCAAUGCUUCAAAUGUUGCUCUGUUAUUGAUCCAAUAAUCAGAUUACGCAGUAUGCAAAGUAAAGCUUGAACCAAGCUACUGCCGCAUUUUAGAGGCUGAUACAUUAUUUCUGACUCGCAGUGUGAGAGCUGCCAACAGUGUGAAUGACUAAGCUGAGGAGAUAUGCAGGGUAAUGAAAUUAGACGAGUUUACAAGAGACAGCUUUCCCUCUUAGUUUCCAAUUCCAAACACAUCGUUGCUUUAUUAGAGGGACGUUUCUUUCCGCUCUGGAUCCUUCAAGAGGUCCAGCAUGGUGUGACAAAUUUUGUUACAUCGUAUUUCUGAGCCAUCAAUGAACCCCA